GCGAGGGCCCGAGACCGCGACAGCGCGGGGCGGCUCCUGCGCGUGAUAGCGGACUGUGAUCUCUACCAUAUGGAGGCUGCAAUCGCCAGUCUCAAGCAUGUCAAGACCGGAAUCAGAUCUGAGUCCUUGCUCAAACCCAGUGGCGGGGACGACGUUGACGUGCUGGAACGCACCGCCGAGGGUCGAGUGCUGUCCUUGUCGGAUCAUAAGCGGAUUGCGCGACUCCAAGCGGCUUUGAGUGCUGUGGCGAACGCUUACAGCGGUGAAAAUGGAGUGGAAGAACCGACAGAAAGCGAUUCGAAUCGAAACUUGGUGCGCACUGUGGCAGGGGCUGCAAUUAUGCAAGUCACGCGAGAUUGCUCAGCUUCUCGGACGAAUUGCUGCAUUUUGGGCUCGCGAGCAGAAAAACUGCUCUUUCUGCUGGACUGGAUGAUGAAUCGUGAGCAUGGUUAUGUUGCCUUGGCGCGGUUAGAUCGUGGCUACGUACAGCAAUUACUGUUGGAGUGGAUUCAACCUUCAGCUGAGAAGCAGAAUCAGCUUGCUGCGUGUCUUGCCCUGUUUGAGCUGCUGCAACGACUCGAGUUGUAUUUGGAGGCGUUGCGGUCCACUGUGGAGAGGGGAACUUUGCCGGUUGCUGAUUCGCUUCGUGUGAAACAUUCAAAACUCGCGCUGAUUGCUUUUGAAACACUUGUGCUACUG